GCAGCAGGUUUCAGUGUUGGAGGAAACGAUAGCCGCAUCCACCGUUGUAAAUCAAAUGUGUAUGACCCGUGCCUGGCUGUAGUUCGCGGGCACAGUAGAUAAAGUGCGUUGAAUCAGCGGCGGAGGAUCACUCGGGUCAUGUAAAUGUUUUUCUCAGUUUCGGACCUGAGCGCACCUUGAAAGCAGGAACGACUCGCACAGAAAACAACAGCAGGAGGGCUCAACGCGAAGGAAUGCGGCUUCUCACCACUAAUUUCACCCAAGAAUAAGAAAAAAAAAAUCAACUAGAAUGGAGAGUUUAAACAGUACCGGACUCUCGUCAAGAUGUAGACCGCCCAAUGGGGAGUUUUUUUCCGUGGAUAAUAACCCUCAUUUCGGUAAACCUCUGCCUCAGGGACCUGCGAAAAGGCAAGCCGUGAAAAGACACCUCCACAAACACAACCUGAAGCACCGGUACGACUUCCUGGAGACCCUCGGUAAAGGAACUUACGGGAAAGUGAAGAAAGCCAGGGAAAGAUCCGGCAGAUUGGUUGCCAUAAAGUCCAUCAGAAAGGAGAAGAUAAAGGAUGAGCAGGACCUGGUUCACAUUCGCAGAGAGAUUGAGAUCAUGUCUUCUCUCUGUCACCCGCACAUCAUCACCAUCUAUGAAGUGUUUGAAAACAAGGACAAGAUUGUGAUAGUGAUGGAGUAUGCCAGCCAGGGAGACUUGUAUGACUACAUCUGUGACAAGCAGAACAUCUCUGAAAAGGAGGCCAGACACUUCUUCAGACAAAUCGUAUCAGCUGUGCAUUACUGUCACCAGAAUGGAAUAGUGCAUCGGGACCUGAAACUGGAGAAUAUUUUACUAGAUGGCAAUGGUAAUGUUAAGAUUGCAGACUUUGGUCUGUCAAAUCUUUACCAUCGUGACGAGUACCUUCAGACCUUCUGUGGCAGCCCUCUGUACGCUUCACCAGAGAUUGUCAAUGGACGGCCUUACAGAGGGCCAGAGGUGGACACUUGGUCCCUUGGUGUGCUGCUGUACACCCUGGUUCAUGGUGCCAUGCCAUUUGAUGGGAACAACCACAAAACGUUGGUCCAGCAGAUCAGCACUGGAAACUACCGCAAGCCAAACCACCCCUCAGAUGCAUGUGGGCUUAUUCGGUGGAUGCUGAUGGUGAAUCCUGAGCGCAGAGCUACUGUAGAGGAGAUAGCAGGACACUGGUGGCUCAACUGGGGCUACCAACAGCCAUUACUGGCUGAGGGUAAGACCGCCUCAGGAGAGCAGGCCAUUUCACCGGUCUCUCUGUCCACACAACAUCCUGGCGGUGGGCUUGCUAGUGUCGCUGGUUGGCUGCGGCGUACAUCCAGGCCUUUACUGGAGAAUGGCUCCAAGAUGCGCUGCCUGCUUCGGUCACAGGGUGGCGGAGGUGAUGUAGUACGGCAGCGCUCUCUUCGGAGGUCACGAAAGGAGAACAAUGUCUCCCAGACUGUUCAUGAAGGGACUGCCGACGCUCGCCCAACUAAGGGCAUUCUCAAGAGACGGAACAGUCUGAAACAGAAAGCAAUCAGUGAAACUUCAGCUGCAGGUGCUGCGGAGCCACAGAUCGUUUUGGGCUUGGUUACACCAGCCAAUGUUCCUUCACUUGCAUCAAAGCCUCGCAAGGGUAUCCUAAAGAAGCCUGCAGAACAAGAGUCGGGGUAUUACUCCUCCUCUCCAGAGAGUAGUGACUCUGCCUGGAUACCACAGGCUCAUGAGUGCCCCUCAGCACCACCCUUAAGGAAAGGCAUCCUAAAGCGCAAUGGGAAGUUCUCCUCAGGUGGGCUACAGGAGUUUGGGUCUCUUGACCAGUUGGCAGCCUCUUUACCUCGUGGGAGCGCCAGGGCGAGGCCAAGUGGAGCCAUCAGCGAGGACAGCAUCCUCUCCUCGGAGUCCUUUGAUCAGCUGGAUCUGCCAGACCGUGUGGGACCUCCAGCGCAGAUGGAUCCACCAGCCAAGGGUGGAAUGAGGGGCUGUGUGUCUGCUGACAACCUGCUGGACAUCCAAGAGGACAGGAUCCUCGGUGACAGUCCCCUGAGGCCCUGGAACUGCUACCAGGCAGGAGUGGCUGACAGUGCCUUUUCUAUCACAGACUGUGAGAAUGUAACUGAGGCCUACAAACAGGCCUUGGUAAUAAGAGGCACUGCAGCAAGCUGAACAUCAGCAAGUACCAAUGGACACUGAGUAGAGAACUCUCUAAUAAAAAUAGACCUAGCCAAAGUGCAUUAUGUGAAAUUAAUAGCACAUUGUAGUAAGUGAUAAUCGUCUCUGCUAACUUCAGGAAUUGUACAGUACCAAAAAGGGAGAGGACAUUUUAUUUCACAUCAGAUUGUUAGUGUAAAUGGUUUUUACUUAAACAGUUCUUAAUCAUGACUUUAUUAGAUGGCUUGUAAUUUGUUCAAGAGAUCAUGCUAAGAAUCACCAGAUGGUUGGCAGUGUUUUUGAAAAAAACAACAUAUUUUGUUUUUCAAAAACACAGUGCUAGCAGCUAUUGACUCGCGGUAGAAAUGUCCAUUUCAAAGACUCUCAGGAGGAACAUGAGAUAUUUUCAAAGUGGAUUGCUAAUGUUGAAUUCGAGAAAAACACAAUCACAAUUGAUGCAAAAAUUGAACUUAAAACCAAAAUGCUGUUCGACAAUGUCACGCAACAGCUUUUAGAUCUGCUUUAUUGGACAGCGUUUGGUGGACAGUGGGACGGUCCUCAGGAUGGAUAUCUGAUGACAUAUUUAUGCUGUAUGAUUUAGAAUAGCUAGUACUAUUGUGAAACAAAGCUGAUUUUUGUAGUGAACGUUCAAGCCUUAUUUUGAAUCCACAAAGUCAAUCUCAUUUUUCAAGAGCUGGAGAAAGUGUUUAUAACUUAAGAGAUUAAGGGCUCCUUAGAUUCUAGCUUUGGGAUAGUUGCUUAUGUUUAGAUAUCCAAGAUAACGAGAAUAACACAGUUCAGUUUUAGUGUGGUUUCUCCCUUUAAUGUAUACUAUAGCUUUUACUGCAUUUUAGGAUAUGGGAAAAAUUAUGUUUCAUCAAUACCAAAGAGUAAAUUUGUUGAUGUUAUCGAACAUUUUUUAAGUUAUUAUUUAAAAUGGUAUCAAAAAGUGCCAAGAAAUCUGUAUGCAACAGGGACUUUAAUUGUCAAAGAACAUUGUUUUCUGUUUUUUUUUCCCUUGAUGACUUGCAAUACGAUGAUAAAAUGACUUGAAUGCUAUUUAUCGCACACUGACUCACAACAAGAGGAACCUGCAGAACCUGUCUUUGCUCCCAAGUUUACAGUGAUACAAGUGCUCAGAUGGCCACAGCCUGUGCAGCUGGCAUUUGCACUGGAAGGUUAGGCCUCAUGAAAUCAGCUCAGUUUUGGUAGUUGGUCUGAAAUGACUGUAAAUCAUGUGCCCUAGUCAACUAAGCCAAGUAUGAUGUGGUGGCAAGCUAAUGUGUAACCUUUCAGUCAAACUGUAAGACCAGACGUGGCACUCAGGUAUUUAAUUUUUCCAUUCACAUUAAGACAAGUGGCAGAGAGAGAGGUACAAGAUGUUGUGAUACAAAGAUUUCACGUGAAAGUGUUAGAAUUGGUGUGACUUUACUAGAUUUGUGGCAUAUCGUGUGUUAAAUUUUAAUGACGUCUGGCCAGUGCCUGGAAUAGCACUUUAUCAGACCAUCAGAACCUGACACCAUGCAGUCCUCUUAUCAGCCUUGAAUAUUCAUUUCAUGUAAC